AUGCAUUUGUUUUAUUCGUAUUUCUUUCUCUUGACUUUUUUGCCCUUUUGCUUAGGUUUUAGGGUCGAAAGCCAAAACCCUCGUCUUCAACAUGACAAACGAAAAAUCACUGGCAACUACGUCAUCGACCAACAAGCGAACAGCCCUUUUGGCUGUAGCGAGCGUCAGAUCACUGCUUUGGAAAGAGCUAUAACUGAGGCUCGAUAUUUAGCCGGGAAAGCUUCAGCUGUACUUGACAAGCCUGGUUCUGAGCUUUCCCAGGCAUACCUUCUGUGGUUUGGCAAGGAAAAUUCCAAUCCUGCAACUAGAGAUGCGAUACGGAAAAAUAACUUCGAUGCGGUUCGGCAGAUGAAAUGGCCGGGCCCAAACAACCGAGUCGCUCAAUGGUAUAACAACAAUCUCAGUCCAACGGGGCUCACAUUUACGUGCGCUGCUGAGGAUGAUAAAUCUUGUUCCAGUGGUACCGUUGCUGGAGUUUAUGAGGACGGACAUGAGCACCAAGAUCACAAAUGGGACGGAAAUGUAAUCCUUCUAUGCAAAGGUUUUUUUUUGAAGAAGUCUCACAAAACUAUGAUUAAACAGUGGCGGAAGUCUAAGGAGGAAGCCAGUCUCUCUGCGGGUUUUGCCCUGUUACACGAAGUGCAACAUAUUUCUGCUAUUGUUGGGAAGGAAAGACGAUGCAUCGACGUCGAAAAUCUGGCUCCAGCCUCAACCGAUGUUAGUAAGCUUUGCUACCACGCUCACUGCUGCGCAAACAUUCCGGAUGCGAUGAAGAUAAGAAAUGCCCAAAACAUGGCCUUUUUUGCAUUAGAAGUCACGGCAAACCCUACAACAGGCGAACCCUCGAAAGAGCGGCGGCAGCGUUAA